GGCCCAGACCCAGAUUUCUUCUAUAUAUACUCCUUUUGGAGCUUGUAAACCACAAUUCUAAUUCACAUUAUUACUUAUUCAUCUUCUUCCUCACAUUAUCUCAAAUCUCUCCAUUUUAUUAUAGUUUAGAUACCCCUAUAAUCCAUCAAUGGUGCUUUCAUUGAGAGAUUAGAGCAAAAUCAAGUGAGAAAUCCUCCCAAAAAAUAUCCAAAGAAUCAUCUCAUUCACAAAAAAAAUCCAGAACAAAAUGAUCUCGAAAAUGCAAAAAAAGGAGGAAGAAUUUGCAAUUUCAGAUCCGAGAAGUCCCAGAUCUGAUCGGAAACGGGCCGUCAGUCGCAGCUCCCCUCUAGUCUGGUGAGCCCUUGCAAGUUUCUGCCAUUAAAUGGCCACAAGAUAUUGCCAUUUUGCCAGUAGGGAGCCCUUGCUCCUUGCAGAGUGCCAGUCAAGAUAUCGUGGGCGAGAGUAAUUUCGCACAGAGCAGCGGUAGAUCUGACGACCGAACCUACACUUUCCGGCGACAUCCAUGGAAGGAUUGGAAGAGGACCGAUCAUAUCUCCAGGCGCCUAGCGGAAAGCCAUCGAUUGUGGUUCUCGACUAGCAAAAUGGUUGCCAAGCUGGCAAGCUCCUCUCCUGCAACGCCAUCUGCAGUAGCCAGCCGUCGCGGCUCUCUUCCUCUUCCCAAGAAAGCCAGGCAGGGAUGAUUUGGUCAAAGAGGAGUGAUUACCCCAUAAUCCAUUUCCGGCGGCAUGGAUUUCUACCAGCUGGAUGGACAAGGCUUGGAUUAAAAUUGAUGGGCCAAGACUACACGUAGUCCACGACUUCAACAUCACAGUCCAUUUAUUCAGCCCACUCAAAAGCUAAGUAGUUAAAAACUCUUUCCAUUUAUUGAUUUUCAGUAAUAAAUUUCAUAAAAAGAAGUACAAAAAAGUCAUAAAAUGAAAUAUUUUAAUAAUAUAGCAUCAAACUUCAAUCUUGAGGGGCGAGUCAUCCGUGAAAAGACUCGUAAAUAGCGUCCAGCGGAUCCCAGCUACGAACUUGAGUGACAAGUUGAGCUAUAUUAUUAAUUUACUAUCAUUAUUUAUUAUUAAAUAGUGUGUAUUUUUUGACAUUGAAAAAACGGACUUAUGAAAUUCCGAGCACUCACGUACACUGGAAGAGUGCUAAAAUCUUGCACCACCGGGUCAUGUCAAACGAGUGUGGAUAUUAAGCUCCCAAUCCAAAUGUUAUCUAAUACAUACUCUAGUUUCUAUGUUUUGAAUGAGUUAUGUGUGACCUCUAGCUAUCGGAAAUGAACUACAAUCCCUCAGCGGUAUGUUCAAUCCUUUAUGCGUGCCACGCUCCAACAAAGCAUAGAAACCUAGCUUGAUCUCCGGCUUGAAAACUUGAGGCCACUUAAUGUAGGUCCAAAUCCAAUAGCAAAUUAUAAGCUCAAGAAAUUAUAACAAUUUUAUUUGAAUGCAUAGGUGCAACUAUAUGAUGACAUCAUACCGGCCACUUAGCCGUCUCUCCUGGUCAUCUUUAUUUGAUGGCUUGGGCUUCUUACAGGCCCAUCGGCCACAUAUCGCUCCGUCAUCUUUAUUUGAUGACGUGAAGCCCAUUUACAGGCCCAUCAGCCACAUAUCGCUCCGUCAUCUUUAUUUGAUGACGUGAAGCUCAUUUUCGGGCCCAUCGGCCAUAUAUCGCUCCUUCCUCUUUAUUUGAUGACACGAAACUCAUUUUCGGGCCCAUCGGCCAUAUAUCACUCUGUCAUCUUUAUUUGGUGACGUGAAGCUCAUUUACGGGCUCAUCGGUCAUAUAUUGCCCCGUCAUCUUUAUUUGAUGACGUGAGGCUCUCAUAUAGGCCUCUCGGCUAAACAUCACCCCGUCAUCUUUAUUUGAUGAUGUGGAGCUCUCAUAUAGGCCUCUCGGUCAUACAUUGUCCCAUCAUCUUUAUUUGAUGACGUGGAACUCUCAUAGAGGCCUCUCGGCCGUACAUCACCCUGUCAUCUUUAUUUGAUGACGUGGAGCUCUCCUACAGGCCUCUCGGCCGUACAUCGCCCUGCCAUCUUUAUUUGAUGGCGUGGAGUUCGUAUAUAGGCCCAUCGGCCAUAUAUCGACCCGUCAUCUUUAUUUGAUGAUGUGGAUCUCAUACAGGCCCCAUGGUCAUACAUCUGUCAGUCAUCUUUAUUUGAUGACCUAGACAUCGCAUUAUGGGCGGUCACUCGACCUAUCUCUUAGUCAUCUUUAUUUGAUGACUAGAACUACUUAUCAUGCCGAGCUACUCACAUCUAGAGACUAGUCUCGGCCAUCCCCUCAGCAGAUGGACACCGUUGCAGCUCCACACCUAGGCCGAAGGGCUCACCCCUUUUGCUUCAUUUUGGGGGCAUCUGGUGUACUCGUUUUCCCUCAUUAGGAUUUUUCUCAUUGGGCUUUUACCUAAUGAGGUUUUUAACGAGGCAUCUCCCCAUUGUGGAUCAAAAGGCGUCGACCCUCAGCCCCCUAUUGAAGAUAUCACGCGACACGCACUACUCUACUCUUCUUCACCUCACUACAUUCACCUCAAGGAGUGGGGGACUGGAAGAGCGGGGGACUUAGCGCCUCCGUUAACCAAAGAAGCAGAAAUUCAAAUUUUUUCACGAAGUCUACUCACCAGAACACGACAAAUUAGCACACAGUUCUACUCCAUUUCGCCUCGAGUACUCUCGACUCAGGGAGUGGGGGACUCCUGAUAGAGUAUAUAGACUCGGACCCCCGGGUCUCACGACUAUUGGGCCCGGGCAGCGGCCCACGUACACUCAACUGAUAGCAUUUUCAUUAUUGUACAUUAUUAUUAUUCAGGUGUUCUAGAUUAGCCUUUUAUAUUAUCAGUCCAUUUAUGUAACCGGGUCUGUCAGGCCCAUAUUAGAGGCCCAGACCCGGAUUUCUUCUAUAUAUACUCCUUUUGGAGCUUGUAAACCACAAUUCUAAUUCACAUUAUUACUCAUUCAUCUUCUUCCUCACAUUAUCUCAAAUCUCUCCAUUUUAUUAUAGUUUGGAUACCCCUAUAAUCCAUCACUUUCUCUAUAUUAAUGUUGGGGAGUGUUGCUAAGAUUACAAUUAGUUAACAUCUUGAUAUUAAUUAUAGUAGGAUUCAUCUUCUUUAAUAAUAUUCUUCCUUGAAUAUUAAUUAAUUCAUAUUUCAUAUUAAUAUUUUGAGCAUUACUUAAAGGAUCAACUAGUUUUUGUUUCAUAUGUUAAUUAUUACUAGAAUCAAUCGAUUAAUACGCUUGUUAUUAAUUCGGUCGUUCAACGGUAGUAAACUUGGAUUAUUACUGCAUGCGUCUCAUGGUUAAUAAUCUAAGGGAAAUUAAUUAUAUUGAUUAAACAAACCAAUAAACCGCUUGUGUUGAGGUUAUCAAUCUCAAUCGUUUUCAUCUUAAGUUUAUUGCUACUAUCGGGUUAAUAUACGGCGCGUGUUCUAUAUUGAUUCGGUGGUAAGUUUUAUUAAUGAACGCGUCUUGUUAUUAAUAACUACCCUCGAUGAAUUGGAUAUACUCCUCAGUUGAGUAUUCGAAAGGAAGAUAGUUAAAGAUAUAACCGGGAUCGACGAACAUUUCAUUAAGUGGAUAAAAGCAAAACCAAGUACUUAUCUCUAUUAAUUAAACUUAUAUAAGUCGUUCAUCUUAGUGUUAAUUAAAUUAAAUCAAAUCAAAUCUAAAACCCCCUUGUUACUAGAAUUUAAUUAAAAAGAAAAGUGUGGACAUAUAAAAGUUAUUGGACCAAUGUUCAUUUCUGUUGGGCUGCUCGUGAUGGUUGUUGGGCCUUAUAAAAAUAUUAAUAUGGAUCCAUUCGGAUAAAAUUUAAUAAUUAAAUUAAUUCGGGUCUACAUACCCAAUUGAUUCAAUUAUAAAUUAAAUCUUUAAAAGAAUGGACCAAUCCUAUUAAUUUAUUUAUUUUGAGCCCAGUAUUAAAUAAUGGCCCAAUAAAUAAGAGACAUGAUCCAAUAUAUGAAGAGGAGGAUGAAUCUAGUCAAGAAAUCAGUCCAUAUGCAUGGAAAAUGGCUGCAAACCUUGUUAAAAAGGUUGUCGAGAUACAUCGGUCAAGUGAUGAUUUUUCUAGCUAUUGAAAUGCGAGCACAUAGAGCCCAAAACCCAUUUUAAUCAGGGCCAAGGAGUAUGGACGAAUUUCCAAAACCCUAAAACAUAUUUUCAUCCCCUCCACACCUAUAAAUAGGGGUCUCAGUUGAGAAGAAAGGGGAGAGAAUUUUGAGACGAAGAAACGUUGCAGGAAAGCUCUCAAGAACUCCCGAAAGGCUCUGAACGAUUCCGAAGAAGAUGAACAGAUCAAGCCACGAUUUUUAUUAAGAAUAUACGAAUAAUCCUUCGUGAUUUCGUCGAUUCUUAAUAAAAUAAAUCCAAAAGUUGAAGAACGUUCGAAGAUUUGAAGAACGAAGCUUGAAGAUUCGAAGAUCUGAAGAACAAGACUUUGAAGAUUCGAAGAUAUGAAGAACGAAUCUUUGAAGAUUUGAAGAUGCUCAUAUGAAGAUUGAAUUGAAAUUCAAUUGAAGAUCAAACCAUAUAUCUCGGGAGGCCCUUAAACAAAAGAUCAAGCCAUAAAACGGCCCUUUUGUUGAAGAUCAAGCCACUUGAAAACCGGAGGCCCUUCAAGUUGAAUUCUUAAUUCAAGAAGAUUUGAAGAUCCGACGAAUGAAGAUUUGAAGAUUCGAAGAUCUCAAGAACGAAGAUUUGAAGAUCUGAAGAACAUUCGAACGUUUGAAGGAUUAAAGAUUUAAUUUUGAAUUGAUUUCUUUAAUUAUAUUCAUGUCAAAUUGCAAGUUAAGAAUCAGAGGAUUCAUAUUUAGAGAUUGUACCCAAUAUUCUCACAUAUUAUUAUUUGCGAUCAAUUUUAAGUGAAUACUUAAAAUUUGUUUCACAAAUUUUUGGCACGCCCGGUGGGACAUCUCUACCUCUCAUCUCUUAACUUUGAUCAAAACGAAUCCAUGGCAUCAAGCAAGCCCAUGUUCACCUUGAAUUCUAGAGCGUUAUCAAGCUCGAAUCAAAACAUGCAAGACCCUAUCACUAGGAGCCAAUCAAAAAUCCUGGCUGCGCAGUCAUCUUCGGGAACUACUCCCGGUGCGAUGGAUGGAUAUCAAAUUGCGCAAGAAAUGGCCUGGAAGCUUUCUUCACCCAUACAAGAAGUUACUUCCCCGAGAUGGACAAGUAGUGGUGAGAACUCAUCAUAUGGAUCAGACUCUACUUCCCCAUCAAGUCCUCCACGAGGAACUACUCCACAAUGGUCAAAUGUCUACACUGUGAUGCCCACUAUGACGACGAGCACCAUAUAUUUGGAAGAACAAAUCGCCAAUCUAACUAAGGUCAUCGAGGGGAUGAGUACGUUCAUGCAAGCUCAAGAUCAAAAGUUGAAUGAUCUGAACAACAAAGUAGAAAGCUUGAAAGGUGAGUCAAGUCAUGCUCAUGAGAAGGAUCCUGAGGUGCAUGAAGACAAUGAUUUUCACCAAGAGAAUUCGAAGAAGAAUAUCUCAACCUCUAGGGGCAUGAUCCCGAUUGAUCAACUCAAAGAUCUCAUCAUGGGAACCAUAAAGGGGAACAUAGAAGGAAGUCAAUCUACUUACUCCUAUGUUAAGUCAUAUACUCAAAGGAUCGAGGAUCUGAAAAUGCCCAUUGGUUACCAGCCGCCGAAGUUCGUCCAGUUUGAUGGGAAAGGAAAUCCAAGAUAACAUGUUGCCCAUUUUGUGGAGACUUGCAACAAUGCGGGAACAAGUGUGGAUCACCUCGUCAAGCAGUUCGUGCGCUCCCUUAAAGCAAAUGCAUUUGACUGGUAUACUGACCUAGAACCCGGUUCCAUUGACAGCUGACAAGAUAUGGAACGUGAGUUCUUAAACCGUUUCUACAGCACAAGGAGGGUGGUGAGCUUGCUUGAGUUGACAACUACUCGCCAACAGAAAGAUGAGCCUGUGAUAGCUUACAUAGAGCGUUGGAGAGAUCUUGCUCUAAACUGCAAAGAUCGGAUCUCUACAAGUUCCGCUAUCGAUAUGUGCAUUCAAGGAAUGCAUUGGGAAUUGUGCUACAUUUUCAAAGAAGUCAAUCCAAACACUUUCGACGAGCUAGCAAGCAAAGCUCGUAACAUGGAGUUAAGCAUUGCAUGUAGUGGAAAUAAAGCCAUGGGUAUGUAUCCCAUAAACAAUGUUGUUGAAAAAUAAGAUACCAAGAAUGGGGGAAAACCCUUUUCUAAUAUUGAAAAUAAAGAAGCAAUGGUCGUGAAGGCUGCACCUGAUAAGAUCUUCACUCAAAAUUCAAAGAAAGUUUCUAGGGUUGAUUCGGAGGCGUCGAAACGCGUUAAACCAUUUCUAGAAUACAUGCUAGAAAAGAAAUGCCCCUUAUUAGACUCUGACGUUCCUCCCAUGUUUGAGGAACUCAUGAUAUUGAAGCUUAUUAAUUUACCCGAGUCCAAACGACCCGAGGAAGCUACAAAGAUAGAUGACCCCAAUUACUGCAAGUACCAUCGACUUUUAAGCCACUCCACUGAGAAGUGUUGGGUGCUUAAAGAUAAAAUUAUGGCCCUGGCUCGUCAAGGAAAGAUUGAGCUCGCCGAUUCUGCUGCAAGCACAAACCAAAUUGCCAUCACUUUUGGUAAGUUUUCUCCAUUUAUGGUUAAAGACAACUCGAAAGAAGAGAGUAAGAGCUCUCACAAUCGAAGACUUCCUUUUACUAUCAAAGUGAUGGGAAACUACUCUCGCGUGAGAGAUGAAGAAAAUAAUGGCGAAGAAGGUCCAUGGAUCUUAGUAGAUCGAGAUAAACAAAAUAAGAGGCAAAAAUUGAUCCUACCCCCAGUGAAGGGAGUAAAGAAAUGGAUCAAGAAAAGGGAGGUUUAUAAACUCAAGCUAAAGAAGGAAAGAAAGACUAGUGUUUGUUCCAAGGUUGAGCGAAGGUCAGUUACUCUAGACAAUUAUAUGCCAAAGGAUUUCAAGAACAAGGUGAAUCAAACUUCAAGUUCCUGCCUCGGCACUCGUGAAAAAGAAGUUGAGAGCUCAAGCAAAUGCUCAUCACCAACUUCAGCUAAGAAAGAAGAUGUAAAAACACAGAACUCUACCUCGUAUGCUACUGAUAUUGUCUUUAAAGACGAAGAUCUUAUGUUGGGUGCCACACCCCAUAAUCGCCCACUUUUUGUUGAGGGGUAUACUUGUGGACAAAGAUUCAAAAGAAUCAUGAUUGACCAAGGAUCCGUUGUUAACAUUUUGACAGUUCAGGCUAUGAAAGACCUUGGAAUAUCAAUUGAUGAACUCUCCCAAAGCCGCUUGAUGAUUCAAGGCUUCAAUCAAGAGGGGCAAAGGGCAAUUGGAAUGAUACGCCUUGGUUUGGUCAUCGGCAAGCUGAAGGCAAGCACUCUAUGUCAUGUCAUUGAUGCCAAAACUUCAUAUAAUCUUGUGUUAGGACGCCCAUGGAUCCAUGAAAAUGGUGUAAUUCCGUCAACUUUGCACCAAUGCUUCAUGUAUGAAGAAAACGGUGUUGUGAAGAAGGUGUUGGCUGAUGAGACUCCAUUCACAGAAGCUGAGUCCUAUUUUGCAGAUGCAAAGUUAUACUUCAAGGCUAAAGUCUCUAAAGAUGAGGAUGCUCGAAAAGAUGAUGUGUAUCACCCUUUGACUGGGCCUAAAUUGAAAGAAAAGCUUGUUGAAGGUGCGGAGAGGCUCACAUUCCCUCUUGCACAGAUUGAGAUAUCGAAACCUUCUCAAAAGGCUCCUAAAGAGGAAGCUGAAAAGAAAUGUGAGUCUGAGUUGCCUAACACACGUACGAAAGAAGGAUUUGACCCAAACACAUACAAGCUCCUUGCCAAAUCCGGUUAUAAUCAUAACGAACAAAAGUUAGGGAAGCUCAUUCCAGAAGCUGGUGGAGAAGGAACACCGAAGCAAAUCAACUUAAGAGGCCACAUUGGAUUGGGCUAUGUUCAACCUAAACCUAUAAAAAUCCUCAUAAAUAGAGCCGCAAUACAUCAUAUCAGUGCUGAUGAGGAAGAUGAAAUAACUUCUAAGCCAAAGUACUCCGUCUUUGACAGAAUGGCAUCGAAGCCAAAGUACGCCAUCUUUGACAGAAUGGCAUCGAAGCCAAAGAAGAUCGUGAAGAAGAAUUUACAAGAAUGGCUUGAAACGAGCCCGAUGAUGUUGAAACACGCUGAAGGGCUAUGCAUGGGACAAAACUUCAAAAGAAAGUCUGUUCAUGAAAGAUUGGGAUUGAAGCAUGAAAGCAAUAAAUUUGCUAAAGUUCCUCUCGAAAAGAAAAGUCUUAAUGAGUAUAAAAGCUUUAUCUCAUCUCAUAUGAAACGAGAAACCGAUGUGAAAGUAACAUAUGGAAGCGCAUUCAAAGUCAAGCCAGUGACCAUUGUGCACACUCAUGGUCAAUAUGAAGACCAAUAUGUGAACUCCUGCAUUAUCAACUUUGAGGAUACAGUACCCUUCAUGUCAGGGUAUGCAUAUGACCAAACAAAAUGUUAAAUGGCUUAAACCACCAAUGAUGUUGUAAGUGGCUAAACUGCUAAAACAUCUCACUUUGUCUAUGGGUGAGCAUAAUCAUUGAUACUCUUGGCCCACGAGAGUUUAAAAUGUGUACGGCAAGCUCUUGGCCCACGAGAGUUAAAAAUGUGUACGGCAAGCUCCUGGCCCGCGUGAGUUAAAACUAUGUACGGUCCCCUCCUUUAGAUUACCAAUUCAAAUGGUACAUAUGAACUACGUUUGACUUGAUCUCCUUCACAUGAGUACGUAGGCAGCUCAAAAGUUUCAUUUUUGAGUUCAGUUAUAACAAAAUAAACCCCAAUUAAGUUGUUUUGUCAAAGAGAAUUUCAGAAGAAGGCUUAUGAAAAAAAGAGACGGAUGAAUGACAAAGGCUUUUGGAGAUUCUUUGAUCUCCUCCUCAUCGGAAGUGGAUUGAGUUGAGCUUCGAACGACGUCUCCACAAUACCACCACCAUCUCAACAACGGAGCAGGUGGCGUCAACGGCAGUAGCAUCGAUGACACCUUUAAAGCUUUGAACAACAUCAUCAUCUUCUUCACGAAGACAAAGGGCAACACCGUCGUUUGAAAUCUGCAAGACCGCUACAAGCUCCUUCGGAACCGCUACUAGCUCCCGUCAGACCGCUACAGCUCCCAUCGGACCGCUACAAGCUUCUGCCUGACCGCUACAAGCUCCUGCCAGAUUGCUACAAGCUCCCGUUGGACCGCUCAUGAAAUUUCCCUCCACUGCAUCAGCAAAUCUCUAGCCAACAUCUGCACCGACAAAAUAGCCGUUCUUCAAAGCGACGAAGUGGCUAGCCUUCACACCGAUGAAGUAGUCGGUCUUCAAGCUGGCAAAAUAUCCAACCUUCAAAGCAACGAAGUGGUCAACCUUCACACCCACAAAAUAGCCGGUCUUCAUAAAUGGCGAAAUGGCCGCCCUUCAUAAAACGGCGAAAUGGUCAUCUUUCAUAAAAGGCGAAAUGGUCGAUCUUCAUAAACGGCAUCAGUAGGGCUUCUUAUUCACUGGGCAAGCAGCACCAACGACACCGGCAUCCGGCGAAAUAUGGCCCUCUCGAAAUAACGGGAACCCUUAAGCGUUCAAUAUCUCUAGUAAGUGAUAAAACUGGUGCAGCAAAGGGCUGGGGGCAGCAUGAUUUUUCCCUGCAAAAAAAAAACAAAGCAAAAAAAAAAUCUUAUAUAAAAUAAUAGAGGUUUUUACUGAAAAAGGCAAAGGAAAUAAUAAAAUUUCCAAGCAUCUAAAUCAGGCCCGCUGCUGCACCCCGGAAGAAAUCAAUUCCUCAUUGGCGAACAUAGGCCCUGACGAAGGAAACUCUACAGCAACCGAAUCAGCAUGACCUGGUCCCGUCUUCUUCGCACGCACGUAGAGAUUGGAAACCAGCGACAACGAACUAGGUCUCUCCUCUGGCCAGAAAUCAGACCCAAACUUCGUCCAUAUCUUCUCCUUCAACGAACAUAUAGAUGGGGAGGGAAAUUAGCAACAAUCUUCUUGAAAGCUUUAUCCGCUGCAUCAAUUCAAGGAAAUUCUGGCCGGCAGCAAUUCAAUCUGGAACUCAACCUCCGACGGCAACAACAACGGCCGAACCCUCCUGAGAUUAAAGACGGUAAAAUCUUCCUCAUCUUCUCACACAACCAUCAAUCGCACGCCUAGUCGAUCAACGGUUGUCCCCCAGCCUUCAUCUUCUCUCUCCGGCGAGCGGCACCAACAAUUCGCUAAGCUUCGUCUGCCUUCGGAAUUUUGAACUCCAUCUUCAACUUAAUUGGCAAAAACUGAAUAUUGACCAACAUGACAAUUGCCGGACAUGAUAUCAUCUGAAUUUCAGCCUUGAGAUAGCCCUGCAACAUAAAAUAAACCAAAUUAAAGGAGGUGUGAAGAGCGUAAAUAGAUUUACCAUUUUCCAUGGAAUUGUUCGGUGAUAUUUAUUGUAACACCGUCCCCAAAUGUAUUUAUCUUUAAGCGAAUAAUUUAUUGAACCCUAUGAGAUUUUUAGUGAAUUUACGAGGUUGUGAAUUUGUAUUAAUUUUUUCGCGUGAAUAGUAAAAUGCAUGUGGGGCCCACAUCGGGAGUGGGGACCGCCCGAUAUUAUCGGGACCACAUAUUAUAUUCAUCUGGGUCUAGAAAAUAUUUAUAGAUGGUGGAUACUUCAUUUGGGCCAUGGAAAGGCCCAAAGUUGACCGAUUGGUCAAUAGAGGCCCAAAUACCGGUAUCGAUAAAUUUAUCAGAUAAAAGCCCGAAAGUGGAUCUUGGAGACUUAUAAAUUAAUGUUGGGGAAUGCAUAUUCAUUCUAAAUGUUAUAAUGAUUUAGAACACGUAAUAUAUUUAUUUAACCCGAUAAAAUAAAAUAUAUCUAAAACAGUCCGGAAAAUACAACUUUCGGGGCAAAUUGUACACUUUGGGACAAAUUAGGAUGACCUCCCACAUGGGUGGGGGCCACCCCACGAAUUUGUCAACCCUUGGGGACUGGAUGAGUGCUAAGUUGGCUGAAUAACAAUUGAUAGGAUGGGGGAGACACCCUUUGACAUUUAGUAGACCCCAUCCCUUCACUCAUUUGUUUAAAUGAGACAAAAACCACCCCUCUCACCUCACCACCUCCACCCACUCGUAGCAACACCCAAGGAUAGCAAGGAGGAGCUCUGAAAUUCAUCAUUUUCACACCCAAAUUCGAGCUCAAGAUAGAGGAUCCAAAGUGAAGUGUUUGGAGAAGGAAAAAGGUGUAGGAAAGUGUGGAAAUUGAGGUAAUCACCUUGCCAUAGCUUUCCCUUUAUUCUUCUUCUACCAUGAGGAAUAUUUAUUAUAUGAAGAACCCUUGGGAUGGUUCUCCAUGUUCUAAGUAUGGAUUUAUGGGUUGGAAAGUGGUUCUAUGUCCAAGAACGGACUUAGAAGCCAAAUCGACCGGUUUGCCGGAAAAUAACCUUUUAUAGGUUAUUUGUGUUGAUAUGGGUUUUGUGAUGAUAAAACCUUGUUAGGAACUUGAUUUAAAGUAUUUUUGAGCUUCGCCGGAGUUUCGUCAGAGUUGGUCAAAGUUCGCCGAAGUUGGUCAAAGUUCGCCGGAGUUGGUCAAAGUUCGCCGAAAUUAGUCAAAGUUCAAUCGAGAAGCGUAGAACGCGCUUAAGCUUAAUUAAGGUGAGGAUGACCGACUAUGUUGCUUAUAAUCUUUGGGUUAAUCUCAUGGGAUCUCCUAAGUGAAUACAAAUGUGAUGUGCAUGGGUUGUUAAUGGUUAAUAAUGCCUAAAUAAAACUACUAUUGAUUAUAAGUAUAGUAUGCAUGAUAUACAAAUUUAUGAAUAAAUUGGGUAUGUUUAGAUGUUAUGAAUACGAGUGUAUGAUGGUUGUAUCAACCAUGAAUUUCAUUAGAGAUAGUAUACUUUGAUACCAUGAGGAGAAGCCAUGAAAGUAUAAAAGUGAUAUUUGAUAUUAAGGCCAAUCAUGCAUGAAGGAAGAAUUAUAUUGAAAUAAAUAAAUAACUAGCAUUGAAAUAUUAGUUGGAAAUGUUAGUUGAGAAAUGGAUGAAUUAGAUCCUAAGAAUUUGAAUUAUAAAGAAUCGGUGAUUAUGAGCCGGGCUCGAGACCGAUGUAGAUAACGGUGAUUAUGGGCUGGGCUCUAGACCGUAGUAGAUGACGGUGAUUAUGAGCUGGGCUCUAGACCGUGGUAGAUGACGGUGAUUAUGAGCGGGGCUCUAGACCGUAGUAGAUAACGGUGAUUAUGAGCUGGGCUCUAGACCGUAGUAAAUGAUGAUGAAUUGAUACUAAAUGAACGGAUUAACUAUAAUGUAGUAAUGCUCUAGAUUGAGGGCCUCAGAGAUUUAAACUUCGAUUAUACUUAGUAUAGUUGUCAUUGUACUUGUCAAAUGCUUCCAAGUACUGACCUCCCCUUCACGGGGGAGGCCACCUCACAGUUUCAGGUAGAACUUGAAGGUUGCUACUACCGGCCGCUGUUUCGGGAAGUUUCUGAGAAGAAGACUUGGUUCGUGCUUCUUCCGUUCUUGUUUUGAAAACAAUAUGAAUAAUGCUCAUGGAUAUUAUUUUCUAAAUAUACAUUUCGGGGGUUUGUAUACCCAUGUUUGCCAAGUGUGGCUUGAACACUUGUAAUGUUGUUUCCGCUGUUUUAAAGAAUAAUUCACAUUAUGUUUGUUUAUGGAUGUGCUACGUGUGAAUGAUAUUUCAGACGCCUUGUAUAGUAUGAAUGUGUUGAACUGCGGUUGACAAAUCGUACUGUACGGCGGAUUGUUGACGUGUCUGGUAGGUCCGGGGCGUGACAUUUGAUCAGUUCUUUAUGUCCUUUAACCUCUGCCGGGGGGCAUUCAAAUGCUGAGGGCUUCGCCAACCUUCAGCAGGUACCGGAGUUCAGGCUUUUUGACGACGUGCCCUCGUCCCACAAGGGGUGGAAGGAGAGAUUCUGCUAUAUUCGGCUCGAGGAGAACCCCUUCCCGGCCCAGCUCCGCAAUAGCUUCCGGCGCCACCCGAAGGUAGGGAGCGCAGCUCUGGAGAAGAAUGGCAAAGUGCUUGCCAAAAAGCCGGAGGGCUCUGACAAGCACGUCAAGAUUAGAGACGUCACCCUCCCCGAGGAAUUGCUUAGCCUGGGCUUCCGGCAGUUCAGGCCGAGGGGCUCUUCGGAUGAAAGAUACCCUCCCCUCGAUCGAGUCUUCGAAGGAGCUGGAGGUAAUAACAUGGACGUUGGUUCUCUCUUCGCUCUGAAGAAUACGAAAGGGAAGAAGAAGGCCCCGGUGGGCACUUCUGCCAGGGAAGGGCCCUCUCAACCUGCUGUUGCCGCUGCUGGCGCCGGAGGGUCCAGAGGUGCCGGGCCCGCGAAGAAGAAGAACGCCGGCAAGGGAACCGAGCCCCCGGCAAAGAAGCCGAAGACUGCCGCCCCUGCCAAACAGCCGGCCACCGAUGUGGUGGUGAUCGUGGAUGAAGGGCACGCCUCUGCCCCCACCCCCAGGAACACAUCAACCAGGAAUUCUUCGGGCGGGAGAAGCUGGAGGCGCUAGUGCCGAAGGGAGCCUCAGUAUUGGAGGGCAGCCUGAACCCUUCGGCACUGAUGAGCCAGAUGCUGCCGUCGGCUGACCGGUUGGCCCUUGCCAGGUUGGACGAGGGAUCCCUCGAGUCGAAGGUCCUUCUGAACGUUGCCUCCAGCUUUAUGGGUCUCUGCGAGCACCUCUGGAGGGUGGAGCAAAUGAGGGAGGCCAAAGGCGCAGCCGAGGGGGAGGCCGCCCUCCUCAGGAAGAAACUCGCCGAGGCUGAGGACUCUCUCCGCCUGGCUACCAACGGCCUGGAGCAGAGGGUGCAGGCUGCAAGGGCUGAAGGGGUGAAUGAGGGCCUGGUCAAGGCCGGGGAGGCUGCUGCCGAGGCCGCCCGUAUUGCUGCUGAUGAAGCCCGCGCAGCUCAAGAAGAGGCUGUCUCCAAAGCUCGAGAGGAUGCGGUGGCCAGCUUCACUGCCGAGGGAUGGAAGGCUGAAGAUCGGAGGGAGUGGCUUGCUUCGGUGGUGGGGGCUUCGGUGGACGAAUGGGUCGGAGGCCCCGGAAAGAUGUGGCUUGCUGAGAGGGGCGACUCGUACUACCAAGGCGGGGAGUUCUUCACCCAACGCCUUAUCUACCGGAAGCUUGCGAAGCACUUUCAGAUUGCACCGGAGGAAUUCCAUCCAGAGGCUUAUGGCCUCCCCCCUCGUCAGCCAGACGUCAGGAUCCCACUCCCCGAGGGGGAAGAGAGGCCAGUGCUCGAAGAUUCGGAGACCCUCCGGGAGUGCGGCCUCGGGGGUGAUGAGGAUGAAGGCGAGAGUGAGGCCAUUUCUACAGCUCCCCCUUCCUGAAAUGUAUUCCCCCUGUUUUGUAAUCAUACUCUGUUGUAAUUGUUGGUUUCGGCCCCUUUUGUAACGUACAUUUAAACUUCCCUCCCUUGGAUGAAUGAGUAC